ACUCUUCAAGGUCCUCUACUCUUGGUCUUACAUAUUACUCUUCUUCAAUCUACCAUCACACAUAAAAAUAAAAAUAAAAAAUUAUUUUUAUUUAAUACUGUAUGACUCAUCUCUCAUAAUUUCUCUCUCGCUCACACGCAUACAAACACCAGGAAAAAGAAAACAUUGUAUAGAGUAAAAGAAGAAGCUUGUUAACAAAAGAGAAUAGCUAAGAAUAGAAACUUAGGAAUGAAUGGUGUUACAGCUAUCGAACCAGAUUACACUGAGUUUGUUGAAGUUGAUCCCACUGGAAGAUAUGGAAGAUACAAUGAAAUUCUUGGCAAAGGAGCUUCAAAGACAGUCUAUAGAGCCUUUGAUGAGUAUGAAGGAAUUGAAGUGGCAUGGAAUCAGGUAAAGCUCUAUAACUUCCUGAAAAGUCCUGAAGAUCUUGAGAGGCUGUACUGUGAAAUUCAUUUGCUCAAGACCUUGAAACACAGCAACAUCAUGAAGUUCUACACUUCCUGGGUUGAUAUUGCUAACAGGAACAUUAACUUUGUCACUGAGAUGUUCACCUCUGGUACUCUCAGACAGUAUAGGCUAAAGCACCGGAGAGUCAACAUUAGAGCAGUGAAGCAUUGGUGUAGACAGAUUUUGAAAGGCCUUCUAUAUCUCCACAGCCAUGACCCUCCUGUUAUCCAUAGGGACCUCAAGUGUGACAACAUUUUUAUCAAUGGGAACCAAGGGGAAGUCAAGAUUGGUGAUCUUGGCCUUGCUGCAAUCCUGCGUAAAUCUCAUGCUGCUCGCUGUGUUGGAACGCCAGAGUUCAUGGCACCAGAGGUUUAUGAAGAGGAAUACAAUGAAUUAGUAGACAUAUAUGCUUUUGGAAUGUGCAUCUUGGAGAUGGUAACCUUUGAAUAUCCAUACAGUGAAUGCACCCACCCUGCUCAGAUAUACAAGAAAGUUAUCUCUGGGAAAAAACCAGAGGCUCUUUAUAAAGUAGAAGAUCCAGAGGUGCGACUGUUUGUUGAAAAAUGCUUAGCAACUGUGUCCCGUAGGCUCACUGCUAGGGAGCUUUUGAAGGACUCUUUUCUCCAAAUUGAUGAUUAUGGAUAUAAUUUAAGUCCAAUAGGGUACCGAGGAGAUUUUGAUGAAUUAGGCCCUCUCUUAAGAGAACCCCACUACGGAAUUUAUCAUAGUAACUGCUCUUUGAUCAACGAUUAUGGCAAUUAUCUUGGUUAUAUACCUGAAAAUGAUUUUGAAGCAAGUGAACUUGAUCUCUUCACUUGUCAAGAGGAUGAGCAUUUGGCAGAUGUUGACAUCGCAAUCAAAGGGAAAAGAAGAGAAGAUGAUGGCCUCUUUUUAAGGCUCAGAAUUGUAGAUAAAGAAGGCCGUAUUCGAAACAUCUACUUCCCAUUUGACAUUGAGACUGACACAGCAUUGAGCGUUGCGGCAGAAAUGGUGGCAGAGCUUGAUAUCACUGACCAAGAUGUGACAAAAAUAGCAGAUAUGAUUGAUGGUGAAAUUUCUACCUUGGUGCCUGAGUGGAAGAGGGGGCUUGGCAUAGAGGCAAGUCCACAUAACACAAGUGCAAGUUUCUGUCACAAUUAUGUUUCAAAUGGUUCUCUAUUGGAUUAUGUGUCAUCAAAUAAUCCAGGUGCCAAGAAUCUUCAAGUUCUUCAGUGUUCUAAGCAAGGAGGUGCUGCUGUCCAUGGCCGUUUCGAAGAAAUUACUUAUCAGGUAGAAGAGUCUGAACAAUGUGUCACUGAAGGUGCACCAAAAACAUCAAGCCAGUCCGGUGUUGGCAUCCAUUUUGCUGACAUCUGGGCUCAGCUAGACGGGCCGGAAUUGAGUUCACAGAGGUCAAGAGAGAUCCACUGGGAUGAAGGAAGUAAAACAUUGGACCAAACACCCUUUGGAUCAGAUGAGAGAAUUAUAAACGUGGAUGAUCAAUGUAUAUCCAAUGCAAGAAACUCUCUCUCCACAACCACUUCAGCUGACUAUGCCCUCUUGGAUGAUUCUGAGAAUGAAAUUAGGCAAGAAUUAAGAUGGCUCAAAGCAAAGUAUCAAAUGCAGUUGAGGGGGCUUAGAGACCAACAAUUAGGAGCAAAAUGGAAAUCUUCAAGCAUGUCUCCAAAAUCGCCACCAUUGGAUUCUCCCCCACUAAAGAGAGAGAGCAAUGAAACUAUCCUGGAAUCUUUGUCCUCUGGGAAGCAUUUCACUUCAGAUUUUCCCGUUGCUGCUGAUAAGAAAUGCUCCAGUGUGGCAAACCAAAGUGAAAAUUCUGAGGGAAUCAAUGAGUCUUUUUGUCCUGAGAAGAUGUUUACUGCCAAGAAUUUCUAUUCAGGAGUUUUGCUUCCACACUCUCUUCACAGGGCAACUUCUCUUCCAGUUGAUGCUGUAGAUGUUUAAAGCCUGCCAAAUAUUCAGUUUCUCCCAAUGCUGACACCACAACCUCCAAGUUUUACAAUCAGAGAUGUAACUUCCAAAGAUUGUAGGCCUGUUCCCAGGUGAGAUCGUUUCACUUGGUUUUUUUGGAAUUAAUGUACAUUACUCACUAACUUUGAAGUAAACAAGGUUUCCAAAAUUUUAUGUUCAUCUCACAAAAGGAGGGAGAUCCAUUGAUGACACUCUGAUACUUAACAUUGAAUCCCUUGACAUAAUGAAUUAAUGUAAUUUGAAAGAAUGGCCUAUUGCCUGUGACGAGGUUACUUGUUUUAUUACUUAAAGAAGGUGAGAAUCUGGUUUGUCUU